GUCACGUCGUCGGCGGGGGGCUUCAGUGGCAGCGUCAAUCGCGCUCCGCCCGCCCGAGGAUGAGAAGGACCAGGUUUUAUGGUCUGGAUUUGACAAGCUAGAGAUCAGCCCAUCAUUCUUCAAGCAUGUUUUACUUCUUGGCUAUCCCAAUGGAUUUCAAGUUCUUGAUGUCGAGGAUGCUUCCAAUGUGUGCGAACUGGUCUCGAAGCGUGAUGGUCCGGUUACAUUUUUACAGAUGCAACCCUUUCCAGCUAAAUCCGAUGAAGGUGAAGGAUUUGUAGCAUCACAUCCUAUGCUUUUGGUUGUUGCUGGGGACGAAACAAAUGGCUCGGGCAUGGUUCAGGGUGGUCGUCUGAGCGCAUUGAUUAGAGAAGCCAGUAGCGAGUCUCAGCAAGGAAACUGCAUUUCGCAACCCACAGUCGUUCGAUUCUACUCACUGAAAUUGCACAAUUAUGUGCACGUCCUUAGAUUUCGAUCUACUGUAUAUAUUGUCCGAUGCAGUCCUCGAAUAGUGGCUGUAGCUCUUGCUGCACAAAUAUACUGCUUUGAUGCAGCUACUCUUGAGAACAAGUUCAGUGUGUUGACUUAUCCACUGCAAGGAGCGCCUGGGCUCAACUUCGGGUAUGGUCCGAUGGCUGUUGGCCCAAGAUGGUUAGCUUAUGCUUCUAACAACCCUUUAAUAUCGAGCACUGGGCGUCUCAGUCCGCAAAAUUUAACUCCCUCUCCAGGAGUAAGUCCAUCCACUUCACCUAGCAGUGGGAGCUUAGUUGCUCGAUACGCAAUGGAGUCCAGUAAACAAUUGGCUGCUGGGAUACUAAAUCUUGGAGACAUGGGAUAUAAAACUAUUUCCAAGUAUUAUCAAGAACUCCUGCCUGAUGGUUCUAACGCUCCCUUAUCUUCGAGCUCGAGCAGGAGAAUUGGAAGGCUUCCAUCAACUGUACAUCCAAGUGAAGGUGACAAUGCAGGAAUGGUUGUAAUCAAAGAUUUCAUAUCAAAAGAAGUAAUUUCGCAAUUCAGGGCCCAUACCAGUCCGAUAUCCGCUCUUUGUUUUGAUCCUAGUGGUACCCUUUUGGUUACAGCUUCUGUACAUGGGCAUAACAUAAACGUAUUCAGGAUUAUGCCUUCCUCAAUAGCAAACAAUUCUAACUCUACUCAUUAUGAUUGGACCUCGUCUCAUGUCCAUCUCUACAAGCUCUAUCGUGGAAUCACGUCGGCUGUCAUACAAGACAUCUGCUUUAGUCAUUAUAGCCAAUGGGUAGCGAUAGUUUCAGCUAGGGGUACCUGCCAUAUAUUUGCAUUGUCUCCUUUUGGUGGCGAUGCUAGUCUUCAGCCACAAAUUUCUCAUAAUGAUGGGCCAUCACUCACUCCUAAUCUCUCUAGGCCAUGGUGGUCGAGCUCAUCUUUUCUUAUGGAUCAACAGUUUCAUCCAUCCCCCCCUCCUAUCACAAUUUCUGUAGUUAGUAGGAUAAAAAAUGGUUCCGGUUGGCUAAAUACUGUUAGCAAUGUUGCUGCUUCUGCUACCGGAAAGAUGUCUGUACCUUCUGGUGCUCUUUCAGCUGUUUUUCACAAUUCUAUUUACCGAGACUCUGCACCAGUUCCCUUAAAGGUCAACUCAUUGGAGCAUCUUUUGAUCUACUCACCAUCUGGUCAUCUUAUUCAACAUGAACUUCUCCCAUCUUCAGGUUCAGAUUCAUCUGAUAGUAUCUCAAAAGUUGGGUCUGGUCCUCUUUCUCAGCACCAAGAAGAGGAAUUGCAUGUAAAUGCCGAACCAGUUCAAUGGUGGGAUGUAUGCAGAAGAUCAAAUUGGCCUGAAAGAGAAGAGAGUGUUUCAAGUAUUAUAGUCAAUAAUCAACAAACUAUUUUGAAUUCAGUGGAUACUUCCGACUGUGAAGAUAAUGAGACCAAAUCGUCUAUCAAUAGUGUUACUGGAAAAGAGUCCAUACGUAGUCAGGAAAGACCACACUGGUUCCUUUCUAAUGCUGAAGUGCAGAUAAGUUCUGGGAGGAUUCCAAUCUGGCAGAAAUCUAAGAUUUGUUUCUAUGUCAUGAAUGCAUCUUCGGAAGCUGGAAAUUCUGUUAUUGAUAAUUGUGGAGAAAUCGAAAUUGAAAAAUUACCACUCCAUGAGAUCGAAAUAAGGAGAAGGGAUUUACUACCUGUUUUUGAACAGUUUCACUGUGCGCAACAAGAUUGCAAUGACAGAUGCAGGGGUCUUUCUGGAGGAAGAUUUCAUACUUUGUCUUCAGAGAGUGACAAUCAAUAUCGGUUCAGUAAGGAUGGCUGCGUCAACCAUUCUAAGCCUGUCCCUCUUGCAUCUGAAUCAUGUUCUGGUCCAGGACUUACCGAUAACAUGCAGGAUUUGGAUGGUAAAGUGAUGACUGGGCCUUAUGAACCUGUUAAAUUGCAAUCAAUAGAGAAUUCUGUUCCUGACGAUACUAGGAGGCCAAAUUCAAUUGUCCAUCUUGAAAAUCAUAACGGAUGUAUAGUUUCCCUGCCAGAACUAUCCCAUCAUACUGAUGCAUAUGCCACAAUGCCCAAAAAGCAGUCAAAUACAGAUUUUGCUUCUUUAGAGUCUCAACAUUCUAACAACUACUCACUCAUGGAUGGGCCUGUUAGUAAUGGCUUACAUUCUAAAGUGGGUAGCUUAUCAUCUGGAUCAGCAAUGGCAGAUAAGCACUCUUCCGACAAGAAGGGUGUGAGCAGUGAAGUGUCAGAUGCCGCUCGCAUCACCAAUGUGAUUGAUUCUGAGCAGAACGAAGCUUCUGAUUCUCAUAAUUCUGUGGAGUUCACCCAAUAUUUCCAUGAGGGCUAUUGUAAAAUAUCGGAACUCGAUGACUGCCGUGGCUUAACUGAGGCUGUUACUGACGCAGACAGCAGCAGCAGCCCCUGCGAGAGAGAAAAGCCCGAAGAGGAUGGGGACAAUGAUGACAUGCUCGGAGGUGUAUUUGCCUUUAGUGAAGAAGGUUAAACGUACAUAGUCUACUAGGGAAGUUUAGAUAGAUGGCUGCCCUUUAAACGAAUACCUCCGUCAAAUAAAGCUGUGCAGGAAGGGCCUUAUCGAACUCUCAUAUACAUAGUAAAAUGUAUUAAAAGAACUUGGUGUGUGUCAAUUCGUUAUGGGUUUCAUUCUUCUUUUGCUUUCGAGAUCACAAGAUGUGGAGAAGCAACUAAUUCGAGGCUUCAUAGUUCCGCAUUGUGAAUGACGCGCUAGCUGCAACUGCAUCCUGCUGAAGGGCUGCUCGUUUCCACUGUUCCUGUAUAUCGUGUAUAAUUGAAUUUGUAAUUCAUGAAAAGAUACUUUUGUUACUUUUGUGGGACAUUCGGAAUGGUUUGGAACUCUUGGUAGAGGGGAUUGUUCAUUUGCUGUCUCCCUCCCAGGAGGUGGAACAUUCCAUGUUCAGUUUGUACAGAUGUUCUGCUAAAAAUGUUCGCAAGGUUGUUUCAUAGUGGUUUAUUUAUACCUGUAUUCAGUUGAUGAGAUGGACUGGAAAACAUUUGCAGUAUAUGCUAAUAUCUUGUGCUUCUGCA